AUGACAUCCGUGGCACCACAGAGAGUUUCUUCGUUUGCAUCUAAGGCUGCCGUCGCAGCCACGGGCCAUAAUAACACUAACAGAGCUUUGACUGGCUCUCAAAGACAGAUAGAUCGUGUGGUGGAAAGUGUGGCCAACGCUAAUAAAAGGCUCUCCCAGACAUCUACUACAUCCAACAGCAAACGAAAAGCUGAAAAUAGAAUCGGCCCCUGGAAACUGGGCCGGACGUUAGGAAGAGGCUCUACCGGGAGAGUCAGGUUGGCUAAGCACUGUGUUACCGGUCAACUAUCUGCUGUCAAGAUUGUCCCCAAGGCCGCUCCGGGUACAGUCACGCACUACAAAAAUGGAAAGGGUCCCAAGAUUGACGCAAACGGUUUACCGUACGGCAUAGAAAGGGAGAUAAUUAUCAUGAAGCUUAUUUCGCACCCGAAUAUCAUGGCCCUCUAUGACGUUUGGGAGAAUGACAACGAGCUUUAUUUGGUUUUGGAGUAUGUGGAGGGAGGUGAAUUGUUCGAUUUCUUGAUUAAUCACGGCCGCCUCACGGAACAAGAGGCUGUGGGGUAUUUCAAGCAAAUCAUUAAAGCAGUUGAGUACUGUCACAAGUUUGAUAUUUGUCAUCGUGAUUUGAAGCCAGAAAAUAUACUACUGGACAAGAAUCAUAACAUCAAGAUUGCUGAUUUCGGUAUGGCUGCUCUAGAGACCAAACAUAAGCUGCUUGAGACAUCGUGCGGAUCUCCACAUUAUGCUUCUCCGGAAAUUGUUGCCGGAAGAACAUAUCAUGGAUCUCCAAGUGACGUGUGGUCAUGUGGAAUCAUCUUCUUUGCAUUGCUGACUGGUCAUCUACCUUUCGACGACUCUAACAUUCGCAAGUUACUGCUGAAAGUUCAGACUGGGAAGUUUCAUAUGCCAGUCAAUUUGAGCAGCGAAGCCAAGGAUCUGAUUUGGUCCAUGUUAAGGGUCGACCCGCGCGAUAGGAUAUCAAUCCAUGACAUUUUGAAUCAUCCUUUGCUCAAAAAGUAUCCAGAGACAGACGACGAGAUCCACAUAGCCCAGGAGGCUGAUCUCAAAAUGACAAAACCUAUACAUAAUAUUGACCCCGACAUAUUGCAUAACCUCCAAACCUUGUGGCAUGGUAUUCCAAUCAAUGAGCUUGUCAGAAAUCUACAAAGCGAGGAUCAGAAUUCCGAAAAGAUGUUUUACUACUUGCUGGAAAAGUAUAAGGAAUGUCAUGCUCAAGAUUCUGAGGAAGAGCAAACACACUCAAGAACGCGAAAGCGUCCACCAUCCCCUGCAAAGUCUGCAAAGCUAGGAAUCCCUAAAUCGACCAGUGUUCGUACCAUCAUCCAAGACGAGCAUGGUGAGGUACUGAAGAUGUCCACGAGGGAACUUCCUUCAACGGCCAACAAAGCACUCCCUAGAAGACCAACAAAGUCCAGUAGUGCCAACAAGACUAAAGCUCCCGCGAUGAUAGUCUCUUCUUCAUCUCGAAAAUCCGUUUCUUUCCGCAGAUAUAACAGUCAGAAGUCGCUCAAAGAUCAAUCUAAGCCAUCUCGCUCGAACUCGCUUGCCAAAUCAAAGAAACUGACAGUCAAUCCGAAAGAUCUGCCCAAAUUACCAGAGGUCGACCUCAGUGACUUUACAUAUUUGGUUGACGCCGUUUUCACAGAGGAUAAGUUUGACGUCGACCUAAAAUUUGAGAUAUUCGAAGAUAAAACAGACCUUAUUUCAGAGGCCAAAGAUUCCCUGAAUGGUUCUCCUCGGAAAUCAGACGUUAGGGAGAGCUUCAGUGAAAAGAAUACAGUGAGGGAGAGGAACAUGCAUUCUCUCGACCCCAAGAGAAGAAAUACUCCAUUAAAAGAUUCAAACUCGGCUUCUAUUCGCAAGACAAGCGAUGUCUUGCAGAAAUUUGGGGUGCGUAUGAGCAGACUUGAUGAUCUCGAUUUCAAAGAGAACAAGGGGGAUACGAGCUUCCCAAAGGCCCCAUUGAGAAAAUCAUCGAUUGGUAACUCGCACUCGUCAAUUAGGAAUCUUUCUUCUUAUUUGGAUCCACAAAAUGAUAUUAGUCUGAAUGACUACAACAAGCGCAGUAAACAAGAGAAACCGCCAUCAAGAAAACUGCCACCGCAACUCGCAACAGCGAAGACAUUAACUCAUAAAGCCGAUGUGUCUGUUGACGAAUCGUUAAUUUCAUACGAUAAUUCGUACAGUCUACAUUCAGCGAUACAGAUUCCCAUUCUAACUCCCCAAGAAGAACAAUUCAAGAUACCGCCCCUGGAUCAGGAUAAAUUCGCUGACGCAGACUCUGAGCAGAAUGCAAAGUUUGUUUCCUCGCAGUCGAAUCGUUCCAUCAUCAAAACCCAUCGCAAGGUCGAAUCAGCUACUUCUCAGGACUCUCAGCUGAACAAGUUUGUCCAACAGCCGUUCCCAACGAUCCGAUGCUCUUUGCUGGCUAAUUCUAACUAUGACAUGCCUCCUGAGGAGGCUCAUCAAAGAAAGCGGAUGACUCUCACUCCCGAAAAGACGAAGAAGAUUGAGACUGUGGUUGAAGAGCCUACGAGGGUUUCCGUUUUUGCCGAUCCUGAGGUGGAGCAGCCACUCGUUGUGAGGGACGAGACAACCAUUUUCGACGACGAAAUCACAGAAAAACGAAGGUCUUCACGCCCACAUCCUAUCGAUUUGGCUAGAACCAGAGAAAGAAGAGCUGCGGGAUCACAGGUUAAAGCUAGAAUUUCUUCUCUUAUAUCAAAAAGAGACUCCGCGCCCAUUUUCCAGAUUGAGAAUUCCCCUAUGGACCCUGAUUUCAAAGAAAGGGAGCUAAGGGAACGCCAGGCCCAGACAGUUUCUACGAGUCCUCAGAAACGGCCAAAUUGGUUCAAACGACUACUAGGUACGAUCGAGAAGCAGGUCGAUAGCCCGCAUGUGAGAAGACGGGCUACGAAAUUCAAGAGCACCCAAUUCUGGAAAAAACAGCACAUCAUUGAGACAGACGUUCUUUCUUGUGAGCAGGUUAUUGAGGGUUUGUGCUUGAAGCUGGAUCACCAAAACUCGAUAAAGCUUCGGCCGGGUCGAACAUCAACCACGUUGAACGUGGAGUACGUGGGAGAUUCUCGUAAAAAUAGCCUCAAUGUGACUGUGGAGACAGAAAGACAAGAUGGCUACGAAUACGGUUUCUCAGGGUGUGUUGUCAGACUGAUGAAGAACUCGGGAUCCACGAAAAUGUUUAAGCUUUCGGCUUCGAUGGUGGAGCAGAUUAUACGCGACCUGGAGUUGACUAUAUAA